GGUUAGUUAUGACAUAGGCUGGACAUGCAGGAACGCCCUACAUAUCAUAAGAUUUAGUGGGAGUCAAUAAUAGAUAGAUCUAUCUGCAUGAAGAUCUGAUGGCAGUAACAGUGUUGAAGAAACUCUAUACUGCUGUGGUUCUUCUGGGUGUAGGUUUCAUACUGGGCUGGACUACAGGGCUGUCUGGGAUUAUCCCGGUGAAGACUGUUGAAAUUUCAGAUUCACUAUCGAAGCAAUCACAAAGUCUCCUCACUCAUCAUGAGAGCAACACUACCGGUAACUCAUCCCACUACUACAGAAGUAUUGAUAAAGAAGAGAGGAAAGUUUCAGCUUGGCUAUCUAACGUAAAUGACACAGUCACUCAUGAUUUAUCAGAAGUAUGUAACAAUCACAGGUAUGCAAUUGACUUUUUAAAACCUCGUUUUUUGAAUUGUACAAAUCUCUUUAAGGGGAGUUCAAUCGAGGUGAAUAAAAUUAAAGUUGGACAUAGAACACGAAAGUGGCCAGUUCCAUCAGAUAAUGACUUUUAUCACUAUGCCUGUAAUUGCGACUGGAUAAAGAAAGAGUUGGACCCAGGUUACUAUGUGUCUGAGCAAGAACAGCAAUUUCCACUAGCAUUUGCUUUAAGUGUACAUCAGUCACCUUAUCAGAUAUUUCGGUUUCUCAAAGUCAUCUAUAGACCUCACAAUUUGUACUGCAUUCACUAUGACAAAAAGUCCAGCGAACCAUUCAAGAAGCUGAUGGUCACCAUUGCCGACUGUCUGCCCAAUGUGAUUGUGCCCAGCAAAAUUGCCGAUGUCAUAUGGGGCUGGCAUACGAUAGUCGAUGCUCAGAUGAAUUGUAUAGAAGAUCUCUACAAGCUGCGACACACAUUUCCUUGGAAGUAUGCAAUCACUCUGUGUGGGAAAGAAGUUCCUCUGAGAACUAAUAGAGAAAUGGUUCACACUUUGAGCAAGUUGAACGGUACCUCAGCUGUAGAUGUGGAACAAAACAAGGAGUAUGAAUACGAUUAUUGGACAUACGAACAUUACUUGAAAAAUGGAUCCAUUACUCAAUCUGAACAAAGACUUGCACCCAUACCAUUUAAUCUCACCAUUUCCAAGAGCAUGGCUUAUUUUGGACUCUCAAAAACCUUUGUUCAAUUUCUGCUACACAGUGAUAUGGUCGCCAAGUUUCGGGGAUUCAUGGAUCACACUAAGAUACCGGACGAGCACUUUAUAGCAACUCUAUUCAAUAUGACAGGUGUACCUGGUGGAAAAAAUGAAAAUUACUCAAUGCUAAUACCCACCACCUCUUCGUAUAUAUGGCUAGUUGAUCUACAGCAAACAUGGCAGAGAUAUUGCCAUGGAAACAAUGUACACAGCGUUUGUAUCAUAUCCAGUGGCGACCUACAUCGACUGGACUAUAUGUACGACCCUAAGAAAGAUCACCAGACGUUCUUCCACAACAAGUUCUUCAUUGAGAGUGAUCGGGCGGUGAUGGACUGUGCUGAGGAAGAGCUCCUCAGGAGAAACAGAGAAGAGUGUUUGACUGACAUGUACAAUUGAUUUAUUUUAUACUCUUUUUUUAAUUUUUUUUCUACAGCAAAUACAUGCUUGAGCUAUGCUAAGCGAAAAUUAAUCUUGAUGGACACA